GCCGCUGGCCACGGUGGACGAUGCUUGGUUACGUAACCGGCGUAACCGGUGUGUGUGGAUGCUUAAAUCUUUCGGUCUCGCAUUCUCUUUCUAGGGUUCUUGAGCGUCCUUCGCUUUGGCGGAGUUUUUUUUCUGCCAGAGCACUGGGCUGCAAAGUCGGUGUGUGUGGAGGCGGCAGAAAAAAAAGAGAGAAAAAAUUGGACUGCGCACCAGCUGUGAUCCAGUGCUCCCGCCUCUCUGCUUUGAGUGUCAUCCACGGCGCCUACUUUCUCUUCUCCAAAAUCUCCCCCCUCCUAGCAUCCAUCGAGCGAUCCAUGUAGCUGUUCCAUUGCGCCAUCGAUCCCUCGAUCGAUAAUCUCUCGAUUCUCAUUGAAAUAUCUCAAGAACAAGAGGGAAUUCAAGGAUUGUGCGCGACUUCCAAGCGAUUCCAGGGAUGGAGAACAAGAAGCCACUUCUCCCCCACAACAAAUGGCUCCAUCUUCCAUCGGAGCUCCACGAGAAGAUCUUCGCGCUCCUCCCAAUCGCCGCAAUCACUCGCUGCCGCGCCGUGUGCCACACCUGGCGAUCGAUCCUCCUCUCCCCGCCCUUCCUCCAGCACUGGGCGCGCAUCGCCGCCCCAAUCCCCUGGUUCCUCAUGUUCCGCGACCACAAAUUCCGUGCCUACAGCCCCGCCCUGGGCACCUGGCACGACAUCCCGGCCGUCAAUCCCUCCGACCACGCCCUAGAUCUGACGUGCAUUGUCGCCUCCGCGGGAGGCCUCUUGUUCUUGAGCUCCCAGAAGAAGAAGAAGGGCUCGCCUCCACUCCUCCUCGUUUGCAAUCCCCUCACAAAAUCGUGCCGCAUCCUCCCGGGCCUCUCCCGGAUCACGCUCAUCUACGUGAUGGGGAUGAUGGAAUCGGGCUGGAACUCGUACAAGAUCCUCGUCGCUGGGGUUGCGAGCUCCUCCUCGCAGGAGCUCAUCACCGAGAUCUACGACUCCGCCAGCGGCGGGUGGGAGUGCCAAUCCUCGGCGCGGCUGGACGCGUUCCAGGAUUUCUCCGGGAUGCGCGCGGUCUGGAGCGAUGGCUUCUUCUACUGCCUCUCAGUGCCGCCUUACAAGCUCGUCGCCUACGACAUGGGCAAGCGUUCCUGGAUCACGCUCGAUCACGCGCAGCAGCUACCGGCGCUGGCCAUCCCCAACCUCGCCAGCGCCUCGCUGCUCGUGUGCCGCGGCCGAUUGGUCAUGGCCGCCAAGAUCACCGGCGCCGCGGCUAGCAAGAGGGUCCGGAUCUGGGAAUUCGACGCGCAAUCGUGCCACUGGAAGGACGCCAUCGCCAACAGCGAUCCCGUCCUCCAGGAAUUCUGCAAGUGCGUGUCCUAUUUCAUGGCGCUCCAGCGGCCGCGCGGCCUGGAUUCCGUGUGCUUCAAUAGCUGGUGCCGGUGGAGGACGCUCAUGUACGAUGUAUCGCAAAAGAAGUGGCACUGGCUGCCCGAGCACUGCGGGAGAUUCAAGGACAUGCUCAGCGGGCUCACCUACGAGCCCACAUUCUUGGCCAGAGCUUGACGAAGAACCCUAAUUACGUCCACGUGGCUGAUCAAGGAAGAGCCAAGUGUUGGUAUUUUUUAAUCGAGGAUCGCUUCAAAGGAAAAACUGUCAAUAGUUUCUGCGAUUCCACACUUUUACAAUAGCUAUUUUUCACCGAAAGUUUUCACCGAAAGUACAUCUAUACUGAAGAACAGUGCUUGCUUCCGUAUCUUUUUUCUUUC